GGCGCCGCGCGUGGAGGCGGCGGCCGCCAUGACGGAGGAGGGGAGGCCGCGCCGGCGGCCCUGGCGCCUCAGGCUGUUGGAGCGGUGUCUGAGGGAGCUCGACGCGGCCACCGCCAGGCCCGAGAGGUUCCUCAGUGUGCAAGAUGGACUGGCUUCAGAUUUCACUUCUUUAACAAAAACUCUCUAUGAUUUACACAAAAAGAUCUACGUGUCCCACGGGAGCCCUUUAAAUACGCUCACGGUUAAGAACUUCGACGACGAGCAAAUCUGGCAACAGCUAGAGCUGCAGAACGAUGCCAUUUUACGGCACUUUGAGAGCGCUGUCAACAAAAGCCUCGCAGAUAAAAAGCUUUGCCUGCUCCAGGCAACUGAAGAUGUCUCAGAAAUGGAGGCUGGCCGUCAAAAAGACACGGGACAGAAGCAAGAAUCCAACCAGAAGCCUGGUGGUUUGGGGGAAAAAAGAGGUAAAAAAGAGAAAGGAAGGAAAGUCAGUGUGGCAGAAAACUCAACGAUCGAUGAUGAGGCUACCGAUCCUGACUUUGAGAUCGACAAGCUACAGAAACAAAUCAAGAAAACCAAGGUGUUUGUCAAACGAAGAGAGCGAUCCAUAGUAGAUGAUAAAUUUUUCAAACUGUCUGAGAUGGAUGCCUAUUUAAAGCAGAUGGAGAAAGACGCAGAGAAAGAGGAUGGUGAGGAUGAUAUUGAAGCUGAAAUCGAUUAUUUUGAAGACAUUUAUUCCGAUGAGGAGGGGAUAUUUGAAAACAGAAAUACAAAGUCAGCUGAAAGUGCUAGAAAUCUGACAUAUGAAGAUUUCUUUGACCCAGUUGAAAGUGAUGAAGAUGUAGCUGGCAAUUCUCAAAUGAGUGAAGAUUCGGAAGAGGACAAUAUUUCUGAGGAAGGAGUGUCUGAAGAGGAUGAAGAAGAAAUCCAAGGAAACAAAGACAAAAAACAACACAGAGAAGCUUUGAAAAGAGUUAGCUUUGCUUUGCCUGAUGAUGAUGAUGAUGAUGAUGGUGAAGGUGAUGGUGAUAUCGAUGAUGAUGAUAUCGAUGAUGAAGAUGACGACGACGAAGAUGACGAAAUCAAAGAAGAUACAGAUAGGCUUGGGAAGGAAAAACACUCUGUAGUAAAAUCUUCCUUUGAAAAACGAGAGGCAAAGAUGACAGAGAGAAUUAAAUCAUUGGAGAAAGAAUUGUUGGAACCAAAACCUUGGCAGCUGCAAGGAGAAGUGACUGGACAAAAGAGACCAGAAAACAGCCUUUUAGAGGAAACCUUACAUUUCGACCAUGCGGUCAGGAUGGCUCCUGUGAUCACGGAGGAAACUACUUUCCAACUUGAAGAUAUGAUCAAGCAAAGGAUAAGAGAUCAGGCCUGGGACGAUGUGGUUCGUAAAGAAAAACCCAAAGAGGAAGCAUUUGAAUACAAGAAGCGUUUAACUUUGGAUCAUGAAAAGAGUAAACUGAGCCUUGCGGAAAUUUAUGAACAAGAAUAUCUGAAACUUAACCAGAAAAAUACAGAAGAGGAGGCAAACCCUCAACACGUAGAAAUUCAGAAGAUGAUGGAUUCACUCUUCCUACAAUUGGAUGCUCUUUCUAACUUCCACUUCACACCUAAACCACCCGUUCCCGAGAUUAAAGUUGUCUCCAACCUUCCUGCUAUAAGUAUGGAGGAAGUAGCACCGGUCAGCGUGAGCGAUGCGGCACUCCUGGCUCCAGAAGAAGUGAAGGAAAAGAACAAAGCUGGAGAUAUAAAAACAAGUGCCGAAAAGACCGAUACAGACAAGAGACGGGAGAGACGAAAGAAGAAACUCCGUAAGCGUAUGAAAUUCAAAGAGAAGGAAAGGAGACAGAAACUGUUGGCACAGACAAAACCGGAGUUGGCCAAGAAAUUCAAUAAAAAUGUUGCUUCGGCACAAUUGAAGAAGCUAACCAAAGCUGGAAAAGCAUCUCUACUUAAGGAUGAAGGAAAAGAUAAGGCGUUGAAGUCAUCGCAAGCAUUCUUUUCUCAGUUACAAGAUCAAGUGAAAAUGCAAAUCAAAGAAGGAAAGAAAGGGCUAAAGAAACGGAAGCCAAAAGAAAUGUCAGUUCAUAAGCUGAAGCUGUAAUACGUUUUGAUGGCAUAAUGUAAAUAUUAAAGGAAGCCUAUGUUUCUGAAAA